UCUUGCCUGUGGCAGAGCUGGUGGCUGCAGGAGAAGUGACUUCUGCUGCUCAUCUGCUGUUUCCACGGUAACCCACCUCACCAUGAAUUGUCCCUGUGGCCUUGUCACCCUGAAGCAGGAACCAGUACCACUGAAGAGCAUCGCCGUGAGCGUGUCUAUCCUGGAGUUUGUGGCUGACGUGUCUGCCACGCUGAACUAUGAGAAUGAAGAGGCGGUUCCAGUGGAGGCCUUCUUCGUGUUCCCUAUGGAUGAGGACUCUGCCGUCUACUCCUUCGAGGCCCUGGUGAACGGAAGGACAAUCGUGGCGGAGCUGCGCGACAAGGAGAAGGCCCACAGCGAGUACGAGGAUGCCCUGAGCCAGGGCCACCAGGCCUUCCUUCUGGAGGAGGACACACUUUCAGGGGAUAUUUUCUGCUGCAGCGUGGGCAACCUGCCCCCAGGCUCGCGUGCGGCCCUCACGCUCAAGUAUGUGCGGGAGCUAGCGGUGGAGGCCGACGGGGCCCUGCGCUAUGUGCUUCCCGCUGUCCUGAACCCACGCUACCAGCUGUCAGGCUCGCUGGACAACAGCCUUCUCAGCAUGCAGUGCCCCAAAGACCCCGAGAGGCCUCUGCCCUACACACUCAGCCUGGCUGCCUCCGUCCGCUCCCAGCACACCAUUGACAGGAUCCAGUCGAACUGCUCUUUAAAUGCCAUCAAGUACCUUGGGAAUGAUAGAACUUCUGCUGAGGUUUCCCUGGCUGAUGGUCACAAGUUUGACCGAGAUGUGGAACUACUGAUCUACUACCAGGAGGUGCAUACCCCCAAUGUGACCGUGGAAAUGGGAGAACCCAACGCCAAACCUGAUUCUCUGAUGGGAGCUCCAUCUGCAAUGAUGAGUUUCUACCCAGAUAUCCCAAAGACUCAGCCCUCAAAAGCCUGUGGAGAAUUUGUCUUCCUCAUGGACCGUUCAGGGAGCAUGGAUUGCCCUAUGAAUAAGGAUUCACCUCAGUCACGCAUUGAGGCAGCCAAGGAAACACUGAUCUUGCUGCUGAAGAGUUUGCCCUUGGGGUGUUACUUCAAUAUCCAUGGAUUUGGAUCUUCCUAUGAAACAUUCUUUAAUAAGAGUGUGGAGUACACGCAGAAGACCAUGGAGGAAGCACUGAAUAGAGUGAAGCUUUUGAAAGCCAACCUGGGGGGCACGGAGAUCCUGAACCCACUCCAGAUUAUUUACCAAGCGCCUUCCAUCCCAGACCACCCUCUCCAGCUCUUUGUCUUCACAGAUGGAGAAGUUACUGACACAUCCAGGGUCAUUGAAGAAGUCAGAAAAAACAGCCCAAAGCACAGGUGUUUCUCAUUUGGCAUUGGUGAAGGCGCCUCCACCAGCCUCAUAAAAGGUAUCGCCCGGGCAUCUGGGGGCGCUGCAGAGUUUAUCACGGGCAAAGACAGGAUGCAGUCCAAGGCCCUGAGGUCCCUGAAACGUGCUCUGCAGCCCACUGUCGAGGGGGUCUCUCUGAGCUGGGAUCUGCCCUCUGGACUGUCUGCUCAGUUGCUUUCUCCACCAGAGACUUCCGUCUUUCAGGGCCAGAGGUUAAUCAUCUAUGCCCAGUUGUUGGGGACCAUGCCGUCAGCGGAGGUAACGGGCAAGGUUUGCUUCAAGUACACAUUCCAAGGCAAGAGUGUGGAGAAUAAGGUGACGUUUCCUCUACAAAGCCAGCUGGACCCCAACUUCACUGUCCACCGCCUGGCUGCCAAGGCCUUCAUCCAGGCCAAGGACAUGGGCCGCUGGGGAACGGACGAGGCAGAUGUGAAAACCAUCGUCCAAGCCAGCCUGGAGUGUGGAGUCAUGAGCUCCCACACUGCUUUCAUCGCCAUCGACAAGGCCCUCAACCAGCCAGUUCAGGGGCCUCUGGCUCAAAGGAACAUCCCGACGUCAAUGCUCUUUCAGUGCCCCACCCCACUAUCAUACUCACCUGGACCAAUGCUCUGUUUAUCCGUCCCCUUAUCAAAACCUCGUCUUGGCAUCUUUAAGAAGUUACGUAAAUCACGUCUUGCUUCAAUGGGGAUAAGGACUUGCUCUUCAUCCACGAUCACACCACACGUACAAGCUUCUGAGAGAUUUUCGGACCCAGAAGAUGUUGUGUUUUGCCUAGGAAGCAAUCCGUCGAAAGACGAGUCAGAAGCACAAGAACUGGAAGAUGCACAAGUGCCUGAGACUGAUCAGCUCCUGAAGCUGAUCAUCCUCCAGAGGGCCAACGGCUGCUGGGAGCUAGAUGACCAGCUGGCCACCAUUCUUGGGGUGAAUCUGCCAGACAUGAUGGCGGCACUGACUGUCAAGGACGUGGAGCCUUCCUGCUGGGCCACAGUUCUGGCAGUGACCUGGCUGCACACCAACGGUCAGGGGCGGAAGUGUGAGUGGGAGCUUCUGGAAAGGAAGGCGGUGGCCUGGAUUCACAACCACACAGGCUGUGUCCUGCAAACACUUGUGGAAGCUGCCGCUGCUUUCCUGAAGUCUUCGGUGGAUGUGGCCGUCUUUGCCCUCUGAACGCACUGGCCAGGGCCCCGUCCACUUCAGUGUGUCUUCAUGCCUGACAGCUACCUAGUCUGUCUCUUGUCGUCAGUGUAAAAAGUGCUGCCCCAUACUGCCUCUGCUCCAAUUCCCUCCAGAGACAAUCCUCCUUUCCCAGCAGGAACUCUCUACCAAGUGUCAGUGGGUGGAAGUUCUGGAACAGAUACAAGGAAGCCCAUUCAGAUGAUCGCUAUUUGCAACAAAACUGUGCAGGUCCUAACCAGAACAAUUAGCAAAGGGAAGGAAUUAGCCAGGGAAGGAAUCCAAAUUGCAAAGGAAAUAGAGAACUACUGCUAUUUAACAAGGAAUGACAGUAACCAACAGUAUUCUAGAAAACCCUAAAGACACCACAAAAUAUUCCUUUACAAGUAUCAAGGUACAAAUUGAGUACAUAAACAUCAGUUACAUUUCUACAUGCGAACAGUGAAAUGGCGGAAAGAAAAUAAUCAUUUUUCAUCACAGCAAAACAUAAAAUAACUGACAAUCAGUCCUAACAAAAAAGGUGAGAGACCUGUACAUUGAAAACUGUAUGAUGCCUCUAAAAGAAAAUGAUGACCUAUAGAAAUAGAAAGAUAAUCUAUAUUUGUGGGUCAGAAAAAUAAGAAUUUACAUUAUUAUCUGAAACCCUAACCUUAAAGCAACCCUAUAGUUUAAAGACAAUAUUCUUAGCAAAAUUUGCAAAGAACCAAAAAAGUCCUGAAGAACCAAAGAAAGACUGAGAUAAAAGUGGAGACAUUACAUUGUUGACUUAUACAACCUUACAUCAAUGUAGUGCUGGAAGAAAACGGAUUGAUUUAAAAGACAGAGAGCCCAGAAAAACUUCACACACAAGGAUGGAAAAUGAAUAGAUAAUAAAGAAGCCAGAACUGUACAAUGGAGACAGGAAAAUCUCAUCAACAAAUGGCAUCACAAUUUAAUUCCAUACAUGAAGGAGAACUCCAAGGGACAAAAACUUAGUUAUUAGAUGCAAAACCGUAUAGCAUAUAGAAGAAAACAUUGCUGAUACACUUCAGAGCCUCAACAGCAGAUGUAUUAAAACACGAUUACUGAUGAUUUCACUUAUAUGUGGAAUAUAAUAACUAAGCAAUGAAUUGGAAGAAAAACAAGAAAAAUAACUUCUAGAGUCAAUGAAAAUGAUUAUUUUACCAGGAACAGUGGUAUGGGAGAAACAAGAAAGGUUGUUGUGUGAGUUGUACCACGUAGACCACAAUAGAGGAUAAACCAAUGAAUAAAUAAUUUUUUAAAAGUUGUCUUGGCCAGGAAUGCUGCCCAAUAGGGAGAACAUAUGCUUUGUAAUGUUUGAGGCCCAGGGCUCCCCCCCCAGCCCCCAACACUAUAUAAUGAAAGAUAAUACUAGAUCCUUCAUUAGCCUGGUUUUCCAUCCCAGCUUCACCGAUGACCCUUGUCCCAUGUUUUCUGUCAUGUCAUCCUUCCUGAAAACUGAAAACUGUAAGAUGCCACUAAGAGGCAAGGAUGACACAUAGAAAUGGAAAGAUAAUCUGUAUUUGUGGGCCUGAAAAAUUAGCAUCAUUGAAAUGAUUAUCUGAGAUAAAGCAAGCCUACAGAUUAAAGACAAUAUUCCUAGCAAAAUUUGAAGAGAACUACAGAAAUCCUGAAGAACCAAAGAAAGAUUGAGGGGUGGCAAGAAUGGGUGCUGAGCAGAAAGCCAGCCUAGAAUCCUGGCCAAACAGCUGACCGGCUUCCGUGGUCUUGACAAGUGCUAUGACCUUUCGGGAAUUCACUGUUCCUGUCUGGCCUAACUAAGGCUUCUCCCUGACCGGUUGCUCUUAGCCCAAAUGCGCAAGAGCCCUGAGCUGGGUCCCAGCAUCCCUUCACACCGGUGCAGGUAACCUCCCCCUGUGUCCCAAGAAUCCAGAUUUGCCUGCUGUGUCCACCAGUGGAGAUUUCUCCCGGGUUUGCCUAUGGCUGAGUGUACUUGGAAAAUAGGGUGGCACUGCCUAGAAGCUUUUGAGAAGGACAGUUUUUUUAGGAAGCCCAAGAACAAAUCCGAGGAAUCUGUUUUAAAGGGUUCCAGAUAAUUCACGCACAUUGAUUUUUUUUCCAUGAAAUAACGUUGGACCCAAGUCUGCUGUCUGGAAAGGUGCUCAGGCUAGAAUGAGAGAAAUGCCAACAACGCAGCACCUGGAGGCUUGUGGGGUUCCCCUUUGUCCUGCAGAGCUGCCCCCAAACUGGGCUGCAGGACUUGGCUUUUAAGGGAGGAGGCUGUAUUUUCCUCUUUUGCACUGUCAGGCAAAAUAUACCAGUUGUAAUUCCUCGGGGGCUGGAGUGAUAGCACAGCGGUAGGGCGUUUGCCUUGUUCGUAGCCAACCCCACCAACCCAGGCUCAAUUACUCUGCCCAUUUCGGAGAGCCCUGCAAGCUAUCGAAAGUAACCCGCCCGCAUGGCAAAGCCUGGCAAGCUAUCCGUGACGUAUUCAAUGUGCCAAACACAGUAAAAACAAGUCUCGCAAUGGAGACGUUACUGGGCCCGCUCGAGCAAAUCCAUGAACAACGGGAGGACAGUGACAGUGACAAAUUUUUCGGGCCUAAACAAGUGCUGAUCAUCAACAGCAAGUGUGUUUUGGGAGAAGUCGAAGGACUAUCCAUGUUUUCAGGAAACUCCAGAGCUGGACAGGGUGCCCCACAGGGCAGCUACUUCCAUCCCCGCUCACCUGGCCACAGGAAGAGGGGCCUGGACCACUGCAUUAAGAGUCUCCCACUCGAAAACUGGAUUGUUCUGCACAGCCUUAGUGAAACCCACUGUCCAGUCUCUCCAACUCCAGCAGGCCAUACUGGGGCUCACACAGUAUUUGCUACUCCACUCACAGCCAGUUUCCUUUAGGAAUCUCACUGUCACUCUGCCCCUCUCCUCUAUUUUAUUUUAUUUUUAUUAAUGAGACAUCAUGAGAUACAGUUGUAGACUUACAAAUUUUUGUGUUUGGAUUUCAAUUAUAUAAUGAUCAAAUACCCAUCCCUCUACCAGUGCCUGUUUCCCACCACCACGGAUCCCAAUAUUCCUCUCACCUAUCCUCUAUUUUAAAAAUUAAAAAUUCUGUAGCACUCACACUUGAAUUGAUCUGACUAGAAGAAAAUUCCCAUGGAGUGACACCAAGUAUUCCAUUUCCCCUCUCCUUCUUUCUGUUCCUUCUUGCCAAAUGAAUUUUAUUUUCUCUCUGUCUAAUCCAAACACAUACAGGAUUAUCCUAUCUUCUUGAAAAAUUAACUUUUUUUAAAAAAACUAUUUUAUAGCAUUUUUAUUAAUAGUCUGAGAUCUGAGAUCUGUUUAGUCAAAAAUAAUUGCAGAUUUCCUGACUUUCUUUAACUUAGAAUUUGCAUGGUUUAUAGCUCUCCAUGCCCCUACUUUUAAUCUAAUUGAGUAUUUUUAAUUAAAAUAUGUGUCUUCUAGACAGCAUCACAUAGGGCUUUUUCACACUCCCAACUACUUUCUAUACAUGUGGUUUUUGGGCCAUACCAGGCAGUGAUCAGGAAUCACUCUUGGUGAGAUCUGGGGAUCACAUGGAGUGCCAGGGAUGGAACCAGGUCAGCUGCAUGCAAGAAAAUCACCUGACCUGCUGUGCUAUUGCUAUGUUCCCUUUCUUUAUUAUGACUUUUUGGGGGGUCACACCUGAUGCUAAGGGAUAAGUCCUGGCAGGGCUCAGGGGACAAUGUGAGGUUCUAGGGAUCAAUCUUGGGUUGGUACAUGCAAGGCAAACACCCUACCGACUCACCUAUCAUUCCAGCUUCCCUUUCCUCUACAUUUUUCUUAAUUGUUGUUAUUCUGGGGCCACACUUAGCAAUGCUCAGGGGUUACUGACUCAUCAGUCAGGAAUCACUCCCAGCUGUGUUCUGGGGUCCAUAUAGGAUGCAGGGGGAUCUAAUCCAGGUCUGUCAUUUGCCAGACAAGUGCCCUACCCACUGAACUAUCUCUCCAGCCCUUCCUCUCUUUUUAAAAUGCUGUGUCAUUCACGUUCGAAGUGACUGUUAAGACCAUUGGAAUUAUUUCUACCCUAUUAAACUGCCCUGCUUGCUUAGUGAUUUUUAAA